AUGGGCCCGACCCGGAAGCCCAACGUGUGCCACCGGCUGAGUCGUAGGGCGCUGGGCAGCUUCUCGCGCGACGCAGGCGUGGUGCAGAGGACGAACCUAGGCAUCCUGCGGGCGCUGGUGUGCCAGGAAAGUACAAAAUUUAAGAAUGUUUGGACAACUCAUUCCAAGUCACCUAUAGCCUAUGAGAGAGGAAGAAUAUAUUUUGACAAUUAUCGGUGCUGUAUCAGCAGUGUUGCAUCAGAGCCAAGAAAACUUUAUGAAAUGCCAAAAUGUUCCAAAUCAGAAAAAAUAGAGGAUGCUUUAUUGUGGGAAUGCCCAGUGGGGGAAGUACUUCCCAAUCAGUCAGAUUAUAAGUCCUCACUCAUAGCACUGACUGCUCAUAAUUGGCUGCUUUGUAUAUCAGCAACUACAGGAAAAGUCCUUGAGAAAAUAUAUCUUGCUUCUUAUUGCAAAUUCAGAAGUGUCAGUGCAACACUAGUUUCAAACAAUGUUACUGUGGUAGCUAUGUGUCUUUCAGCAGGCAUUCAACAACCUGUUCUGCUGUACCUCGCAGUGUUUCGAGUUCUGCCUUUUUCACUUGUAGGGAUUCUAGAGAUCAACAAAAAGAUAUUCGGGAAUGUUACAGAUGCUACCUUGUCUCAUGGAAUACUGAUUGUGAUGUACAGCUCGGGAUUGGUCAAACUGUAUAGUUUCCAAACCAUCACUGAACAGUUCAUGCAACAGAAACUUGACUUAGGGUGUGCAUGCAGAUGGGGUGGGACUACUGGAACUGUAGGAGAGGCUCCUUUUGGCAUUCCUUGUAAUAUUAAAAUCACAGGAAAGAGGGCAAAAAAUGGGAUCCAAGAAAUGGAGUGUUGUUCUCUAGAAUCUGACUGGAUCUAUUUCCACCCUGAUGCUUCUGGUAGAAUAAUACAUGUUGGCCCAAAUCAAGUCAAAGUUUUAAAGCUAACUGAAACAGAAAAUAAUAGUUCUCAGUAUCAGAUCUCUGAAGAUUUUGUCAUUUUGGCCAACAGGGAGAACAAAAAUGAAAACCUAUUCACUGUUACAGCUUCUGGACGGGUGGUAAAAAAAAGUUUUCACCUUCUGGAUGAUGACCCAGAACAAGAGACUUUCAAAAUUGUGGACUAUGAAGAUGAGUUGGAUUUGCUUUCUGUGGUAGCUGUUACUCAGAUAGAUGCUGAAGGCAAAGCUCACCUGGAUUUCCACUGUAAUGAAUAUGGAACCUUACUUAAAAGCAUUCCACUAGUGGAGUCAUGGGAUGUGACAUACAGCCAUGAAGUCUACUUUGACAGAGACUUGGUGCUACACAUAGAACAGAAACCCAACAGGGUCUUCAGCUGCUAUGUUUACCAGAUGGUAUGUGACACUGGGGAAGAAGAAGAAACCAUAAACCGAAGUUAUUAAAAAGAGUGAGAUUAUGUUAACUUAAGAGACUUUUAGCCAAACACUGUCUCCAGUCCUCCUCUGUACUAUCUGCAUGGCAUAGUCUCUAGUAUUUUCCAGAAAAUGUCUUGUGUUGACUUCAGACUUUCUAAACUCUUGGUGUAGAAGAUUGUGAGGACUUCGUUUUAUGUAAUGACUUUUUAGAAUGCUGUCCCGAGAAGUCUACUGUUUUGGAGCUUUCAGCUAAGUGGUAAUGUAAAUAUAAAAUACUGGGAACAGAAAAGGACAGGUUAAUUUCAGUUAUUGAGGAGAGGGUCAUUGAUAGGAAGGUAUUUAACAUGGUUCUUAGAGGAUGGUAUGGAAUUUUAAUUGGUAA